UGGGUCGAUGGCCAAAAUGUGGAAAACAGACAAGUACAACGAUCGGAACCACCGAAGAUGUUAAGUCACCAACAAACACAAUAUAUAGAUUAUGGACAUAACUACCAGGUUAUGGAAACAAGAUUCCCAUCAUUUCCAACUGGAUAUCCGCUAAACAACUACGACACCAAUCCAGCCAUUGUGAUUUCACCUGUACCACUAGAACACAAUGACCUGUAUGUACCUGUUCAGGAAGUGUCUACACAAAACUUAAGAAUAGAUGGUGUGGAAGAGAAUGAAUCCAGUACAGAAACUGACCCAUUGACUGGUCAACACAGCAGUAGAAAACACCAGAGUGAUUCAGGUCACUACAGCCAGGAAAAUCAAAUCGCACAGGGACACCAACAAGACUGUCCAAAUAUGGAGGUAUUUGCAGGACAGUUUGAGAAUGUAGCUAAGAUGAGCCGCCUUGCUCCCUCGUCUGGAAGAAAUGUAAAUGAGAAAGUCCCGCCUCCUGUGAAGGUACGUCCGGUGUACUAUAACCCAGGGACUGAUGUGCCUACCUAUAGACAUAGUGAGUCAGACUCCAGGUCAGACGCCAGCACCCCUCGACCACCACGACCGCGUGGGGACCGACCAGGAUCAGGCAGGGAAGGCCAAAGAGUGUUCUACAGGGCUCCAUUUACUGGCGAGCCCAGCAGGGUGGAUGACUAUUCUAUAGAAGAUAAAGCAGGUCUUGAGAAAUGGAGAAACAAACAACGCCAACGGGAAUUCAAACAGACACCCUUUAAGGAGGAGUUAGAGGAUGAAAGAAAGGAGAACAGACGACGACGGAUCCUUACUCGCCGACAGAGAGAUCAACUCCACCGCAUAUACAGUGAUGAUCUGUAUGAUGCAUAUUCAGACAUAGAGGCAAGAUUUGGCUUUCGGCACUAUGCUUCGUCACGGAGUGGUUACUCUACACCAGGUGGCAGUUGUGAUGAAAGGAACCUUGGUCGAAGUAUGAGGGCAGCUCCACGACAUGUACGGCCAGCGAGGGAAGGCUCCAGGCCAACGUCAGCCUCUAAGGACAAGGACCUCAUUGAAAUGCUUAACAGACAGCAACAUCUGAUGCUUCAACAACGAGAACAACGCCAUCGAUUCCUUGAGGAACAGAAAAUAAAACAACAUGCACAACAGGUAGUGAAUCGAGCUCUUCUACAUGACAGAUUUGAUGAACAGAAAAUGGCCAGCAAAGACACCAAGCAGAUGAAACAAUUACUCAACGAUGCAUUUCCAUUGGCUGGAAAUACACACAAACAUUUAGUAUCAGUAACUAAUGGAGUUUUAGAUAAUGAGAAAAAGCCUGAUGUGGGUGACACUACCCAAACAAAUGAUGGGUAUCUAUCGCAAAUGAAUGAUGAUAAGGAUAAGUUUGGUUCAAACACCUCAGCCCUCAACCAGAUACUGACUGAUGGACGAGUGUCACAUCAGUCUUCACGGAGAAACAGCUCUCAGGCAGACAAUGGAGAUUUCUUUGAUACAAGCAGGAAAGAUGUCCCCGAGGAAAAGGACAAUGCAGAAAAGAGAGAGAGUAAUGAUGAAAAUAUUCAACAAGAAAGUGAAGGAAGGUACCUGCAAGCCAUUCGCAAUGAGCUCCAGCGUCUGAAUACCUCCUAGGAAUUCUAGAUAUGAACAUAUGGGGAUGAUGAUGUAAAUCUGUUGAUAUCAGUGACAGCCUGUAGCUACAGUUAUCAAGUUUAUACAUUUACUGCUUAUUAACACCGUAAUCACUUUUGGUAUCCGUUUUUAUUGUUUGAUAAUUUAAUUGUAAAAGAUGCAUUAGAUACUAGAUACCACACAUAUAGUGUUAACAGCCAAAAAGCUAGGUAAUCUUUUGUAUUUAUACAUCUGUUAAUGUAAGUUUGUCAGGUAAAAAAUGUUUUUCAUUCCUUCAACAACUUACAGAGUGAUGUGGUCCUUUAUGUCAGUCCUUUGGAGCAGGAAAAGACAUACAUGUCACAUCUGUGAUGAUUCUAUGUAAUAAAUUGAUAUUUUAAAUGUUAGGACAGGUAAA